AAUAAAAAUAAUUAUUAAGACAAUAAUGCUUUAAUAGUAAUUUAUGGCAAUCUCAAAGCACGAAGCCCAACCUAUGGUCAAGACAUAUAACUAGCAACUAGCUCAUGUCUCACACUCGAGCGUUGGUUGUCGACAUGGUGAUCUCGAUUUGACUAGAUGAACCUUAGGACCAAUGAUCGACCACCACUACAUUCAGUCCUAUUUGGUCAUCUCCAAUGUCAUCGGUCUAUUUUUUCAAUAUUUACACGAUACUUCUUAUGUAUAGUUUUCAACGCAAAUUAAGUCAACCAAAUUGACCCGAGUCAACCAAACAUUUUCUCGUUCUACCUUUUCCACGACACUUCUUCUCUAUACUUUGAAACAUAAAUUUGACUCAUACUUCGUCAAACACAUUCAAAAAUUGAGCAAUUUGACAAACUUGCUAUUCAUAGACAAAUUUUAUAUUAAUAAUAACUACGAUAAUAAAAAAUCAAUAAAAAGUAUGAAUUAUGAUUCAAUAGUAAUUAUAGUAUUUCUUGCUAUCUUAAUAAUAAUUACAUGUUUUUAUUCAAAAUAAAAUUAUUUGAAUAUAAUAAGACAUAUUAUAAUAAUUCUAAAAUUAAUUUUACCCACUAACCCCUUCCUCCUUCUUUUCUCUCUCUCUUCUUGCACCCCAAAUUGGUGGGUUGAGGGAAAUAGUGAUUUAACCCUCCUAUUUGCUCCCCUAGAAGGCUAGCACUAUUGCAAAUUAACCAAAUGGGGGUAUAUGCAUUGAGAAUGACAUUUACCCCCAAAACUUGCACCCCCUCCCAUUGCACUACUAGCCAAACAUAGUGUUAAGCUAAAACUUAUGGAUUAUUAUAUCUAAUAAAAAUAAUAAUUUCGAGCAUGACAUAUUCACAACUCUAGUCCUACGGUAGGACACUUGGGCAUGAUAUCGGGCAGAUCGAGCUACAUUCAGCGAUGAUCAUGACCCUAGCUCUAUGGGAGAGCACUGUCAAGCCUGACAAUGGGAUUGGAUUACGAUGUGUUGGCGUCUAUUAUUAUACCUGUUUGAAUACAAGACUUGACUAGGGGCGAAUCCAGUAUUGUUGAAAAGGGGUGUCGUUGCCUAAUGAAGGAAUAUCGACUAUAAUUAUUAAACCAAAAAGUGCCACGCCCACAUCUAAUAUAUUUUGUUAAGUGAUAUUGGCCGUAUUAACUCUCCUUCACUUCACCAAGGCUCAUCCAAUUAAUAUAUCUAACAUUUUACUUUCAAAUAUAACUAGAGUAGCAUGGCCUCGCUUCGCAGCGGCUUGGGGAGCAAUUUUCUGUUGAUUGUCAUUCAUGUUAUGAUUUUCAUUAUUAUAACUACUAAGAAGUUAGCUUCUUUCCGUGAAUAAUUUAAGAGGUAGGGAGUGACUUUGAGGAAAAUUUAUACAUAUCUAGCUUACAAAGAGUCAGCAUGACACCAACUCGGGCUAAACAGGAAUGAAUAUAUCUCAAAUUUAAGCUAUAACGAAGUUGUAAUAAGCGGGAACCUAAUUUUCUCGAAUAAUUUAACUGAGUUUAUCAUAUUAUGGUUUGUUUCUUAUUUUUUCAAUGGAAAAAUAAAUCUUUCUAAUGCUUUUCUUGUUAGUUACAUAUAUACACAUAUGGAUAGACCUGUCUCGACAAAUGACCCGUGAUAAAUUAUCCAAUCUGAACCUAACAUAUAAUAGCAUGAGUAUAAAUAUCGAGAUAAACGCUCUGAAGUGAACCUAUGUCAUUCUUAUUUGAAGCCUCAUAUUUUCUUUGUCUUCUCCGGAAAUUAUAUGAAUGAGGUUUGAGGGUAGGGUGAUCUUUCCAUUGGAGGUUGGGAAACAUGUGAGGGAAGAUUAAUCCCACACAAAUCACAAACACAGGAGAAAAAGGCCACAACCUCCAUGUGACAGUAGGGAAAUGCAUUUUCCACUAAUUAAUUGAGGCUUUCCUUGGUGAGCAAAGAAAGUGACAGCCAGUUCAAUUAGCAAAACCCUAAUGAAACAGUAGCAUACUUAUGAGUUUAAUUAUAUUCAUGGAUUAGGUUUUGUAUUUAGUUAACACAUUCCUAAUACAUAUAUGUAGUUUCAGUUAUUUCUUUGGGUUAGGUUUUGUAUUUAGUUAGGCGAGGGUAACAAUUCCUACCAUACGAUCAUAGGAAUUGAAUUAAUGUAAAAUGUUGUCAUGAGUGACGGGAAAUGUUGACUUCUAUAAAUGAACAUUCAAACCCAGUAAUUAGGCAAAAACAGAAGAUCACGAUCAACAAGCAAAAUGGUGGUAACUUGAUUACAUAUGCUUAUUGAAAUAGAGAAUAUUUGUCUUAGAAAAAUUUGAAAAAAGUUUUUACUUAUAAUAUGUCAUUAACUAUGCAAGUCCUUGGAAUCCUUCAAUUAAACUCACAACUCGAGAUCGAAUUAGAACAUGGAAAUAUAAAAGAAUAAAAAUUAAAAUAAGACAAUUAAACCAUUCAAAUUGUACCAUAUGUGAUAAUAUCCUUAAUCCUUAUGUGAUUUCAAUUUUAAGAUAUAAAAACUAAUCUCAUUUUUAUUAUAUUCUAUAAAUAAUAUAUUAUGUUUAAAAAAAACGUUUCACGUCAAUCAAAUGACGGAUCAAUAUUAAUGACUAAAAUAAUGAGAUCGUCACUGAACAUGCAACAAAUGUCAUUUGCUUUUGUACAUAUAAACCAUUCACCUAACUAAUUUUAAAUAACAACUAUGUAGCAAAGGAAGUACAUGGAAAUCCUUUAAAAAAUACUUAAAAGUCCUCCACAAAGACAAAUGAUUUUUUUCAAAGAAAAAAUAAAAUUCAAAAAAUAAUGUGACAACAAUCAAAGUAUUGAUUUAUUCUAACUCAAUUAAAUAUACAUCACUACCCGCCGUAAUGCGCGGGCCAAUUAUCUAUCUAGUAUAGAUAUAUAGAAGAAGCUUAAUUAGUAAUUAGUGGUUAAACAAGUGUCUCUCGUAUAAAUAUUGCCAUAAAGUGGAGGUGUAAAAUCAACCUACCUACCUUGUACGAAAUAAAAUCUAGCAAUAUCAGCAGCCCAUCAAAUUCAAAGACGCCAUAUUCUUCUGCAACGAUUUAGUCAAUAAACUCCGAUCAAUAUCUUGAUUUUUUUUUGUUAAGAUAUACCUAUAUUCAUUCCCUGAGUUGUAGCUAGUGAUCAACUACAUAUAUUGCAAAUCAUUUGCAAUUUCUUAAUCACUUUUCCUAUUCAGCACAAAGACUACGUACUAAAUCCUAAACUCUAAACCCUAAAUUGCAAUAUGAGGACCGCUAAUUUGCCGUGGAUUCUUAUGACCAUCCUGUUCCUGAUGGCACUCUCUGUCCAUGGUGAUGUAGGGAGCGACCAGAAGUACAUGAGGAUCCUGCCUCCACACCCACCGCCCUACUGCUUGAUAGGCGUAUUGGGGCCCGGCGACCACGGCGGGGAAGCAUGCUUCUUUGGCGAUUGCCCCUUCGCAUGCGAAAAGAAAUUCGAGAUGUUACGAUGGUAUAGUUAUCGUUUCGUUGGACGUUGUUCUGAUCAUGGGAGCACCUGUAAGUGCUUCUUGCCGUGCAAGGUGACAUCGUCGCCGACACCGUCGAUGAUCCAUGAUAAAAAUUAGGGGGGGGGGGGGGGGGGGGUAUAAUAUUGAAGUUCGAUAUAAUAAUAUAUGGUAGCUUCUUUAGUCAUUUUUGUUUUGUUUAAAAGAUAGAUCAGGCUACUUUUUAUUUGGUAAUUAGACUCUUGAUGAUCAUAAUUAGCCAUGGUCGGUCGGCAUAAAUGAUGUGUUUUCUUAGUUCCAUAUAUUAAUCGAUAUGGAGGAAUUAGUUAUUCAGACAUCUCGCGAGUUGUCAAAGUGGGGUUUUCUUUCUUGGUUUUUAUCGGUGCUUCUUCGCCUGGUUAUGGAUUCGUCGCGUCGAACACGCGAGAUCUAAAUAGUAUUUGAGUAUUUCUAACUGCGUGGUUUGGAGGGGGCAGGUCAUUAUCAAAAUUCACGACCUUGAAUUUGUAAUUAAUGUAACUUGGGGGAGAGAAAUGAAACUCUCAAGACACAAUUAAUAGCUUUUUUGCUUUAUGUAAUUAGAAAAUAAUAAAUAAAUAUUUUUUUCAUACCCAAAAUGCUCAUGAUUAGCAAAAAUGCUAACCCCUCAACAUAUCUCAACCCCCAAAAGUGGUGUAAGAUCUACAAAUAUAUGAUAGCCGGGUUGAUGGCAGUUUUUCGACAUUUCAAAUUUCCUGCAACGAAAGUGAAAGUAGGAAGGGUAAUUGUGUCAUCACAAUCAUUUUUUAUUUUAUAUUCAUAAAAAAAUGCAUCAAUCUCGGGUUUUGAACUAUGGUCUUUCCAAAUUAAGACAACAACCAUUACCAAUUACGCUAAAGAAAUCUUUUGUAACUUU